UCUGGCAUUUAUAACACAUACCCAGAACAAAAGGGGUUUGACACAAUGUCCGACGACGAAGACUAUUACGACGAAUACGACGAGGAUAUCUUCUGGGUUGAGGAACCCGAUCCCACCAUUGCUGACGACCUAGCCGCAACCUCCACCAACGACGCCAUCUUCUACGACCACCCCGCCCUCGAAGUCGAAGACUACUUCUCCGACUGGGACGACCUGUCGGACGACUACUACGACGAGGAUCCGACCGCCGUGCGGCGCGCGCGCGCCUUGGGCCUGCUACCUCCCGGCGACGGCGGCCGCGGCCCUCAUGACCAGCCGCACAGCCAGCACGGCCACCAUCACCACCAUGCUGCUGCCAAACACCAACACCAGCGUAAACUCAAACCGACCACGAAACGAACCCCGGUCUUCGAUCUCGCAGCGUUUCAGGCCGUCGUCUGGAAAUCUCCCCACCAGGAGAAGGAACAACAAUCCGUGGUCGCGUUGCAUGAGCCUGGCGAGGGGGAGAAGGUCGCGCUGCUGAAGAAUUGGCGCGAGGUGUUUCGCAGUGCGAAUCCGAGGAUGACGGCUGCCGUUGGUGUUGUGGCGGGGAGUGGAAGGAAGGCUGCGCCGCUUUCGUCGCCGCCACCGCCGCCGCCGGAGCAGCAGCAGCAGCAACAAGGGCUGUGUUUGGGGGGGAGUAGUGCCGGGGUGGAGGAGAGGGGUAAUGCGGAGGGGAGGGGAGUGGAUGUUGUUGUUGAUUCUACGGUGGAGGAGGUUGGGAAUGCUACUGGGAAAGGUGUGGUCAAUGCCGAGGGCUUUGUUGCGGCGGCGGGGUUAGUGAUUGAUGGAGGUGAGGUUGAGAAUGGGGGUUCUUUUGAAGGAGGUGGUGAGACUGAUGCUGAUCCUGUCGCUGCUACCAACGGGUUGGCGGUGAAUGGGGAGACGGCACAUGGGUCCUCGCUCGAUGAGUCGGUUGAGAAACCGCCAGCGCCCCGAUCCAGGAAGCGCAAGGCCGAUGAUGUGGUCGACGACAUCCCGGAAACUGCAGCAAAGACCCGAGCCAAGAGGGUCGCAUCCUCCACGAAAGCCGGAAAGGCCAACAGCAGUAAAGAUGUUCCCGUCCCUGCUGCUGCUGCUGCCGCCGCCGCCGCCGCUGCACCGUCGGCCCCUGUGCGCAGAUCGGCGAGGAACAAAUAA